CUAGAGAGAGGGGAGAAGAGACAGCGAAAGGGAAGGCAAGCGGGUGUGAGUGCAUGGGAUUGUGCCGGAUGGAAUGAGCCCUGGGACCACAGCAGCACCGUUGACAACUGCAUUCGACCAUUCCCCCCCACCCCCUUUUUUUUUCUCCCCCCACUUCUGGAGACGGGACAACGAUCAGACCAGCAGCAGUCAACGGCCAGAGCUACCCCAAGGUUUCUUCCGCCUCCACUUUGACGUUUUUAGGGGCUUGGUGCUACAUCGCUCCCAAUAUGCAGAGGAUCUAAUUUGCUGACGCGAGACGAGCAGAGAAAAGGGAGAAGGAAGAGGGAUAUUUUGCGGAUGCUCUACUUUUCCUGGAAAUGCAAAAGAUUAUGCAGAUUUCUGUCUUCCUUUUUCCUGUUUUUUGGGGACUGAUUUUUGGAGUUUCUUCUAACAGCAUACAGAUAGGGGGUUUGUUUCCAAGGGGUGCCGAUCAGGAAUACAGUGCAUUUCGGGUAGGGAUGGUUCAGUUUUCCACUUCGGAGUUCAGGCUGACGCCCCACAUCGACAAUCUGGAGGUAGCCAACAGCUUCGCCGUCACCAAUGCUUUUUGCUCUCAGUUUUCAAGAGGAGUCUAUGCCAUUUUUGGAUUUUAUGACAAGAAAUCCGUUAAUACUAUCACAUCAUUUUGUGGAACUCUUCAUGUCUCCUUCAUCACCCCCAGCUUCCCAACAGAUGGAACCCACCCAUUUGUCAUUCAGAUGAGACCUGACCUCAAAGGAGCACUUCUUAGCUUGAUUGAAUACUAUCAGUGGGACAAGUUUGCAUACCUCUAUGACAGCGACAGAGGCUUAUCAACCCUGCAAGCUGUGCUGGAUUCUGCCGCUGAAAAGAAAUGGCUAGUGACUGCUAUAAAUGUAGGGAACAUAAACAACGACAGGAAAGAUGAAACCUACCGUUCACUUUUUCAAGAUCUGGAAAUAAAAAAGGAGAGGAGAGUAAUUCUGGACUGUGAACGGGAUAAAGUCAACGACAUUGUAGACCAGGUUAUUACCAUUGGAAAGCAUGUUAAAGGAUACCAUUACAUCAUCGCUAAUCUGGGAUUUACUGAUGGAGACUUAUCAAAAAUCCAGUUUGGAGGAGCUAAUGUCUCAGGAUUUCAGAUAGUAGACUAUGAAGAUUCUCUGGUGUCCAAAUUUGUACAGCGAUGGUCAACGUUGGAGGAAAAAGAAUACCCUGGUGCACACACCAGUACAAUUAAGUAUACGUCCGCUCUGACCUACGACGCCGUUCAGGUGAUGACGGAAGCUUUCCGAAAUCUGCGCAAGCAGAGGAUUGAAAUCUCCCGCCGGGGCAAUGCUGGAGACUGCCUUGCAAAUCCAGCGGUGCCCUGGGGUCAAGGAGUAGAAAUAGAAAGGGCACUAAAGCAGGUUCAGGUGGAAGGAUUAACAGGAAAUAUAAAGUUUGACCAGAAUGGAAAGAGAAUUAACUACACAAUUAACAUCAUGGAGCUCAAAACAAAUGGACCACGGAAGAUUGGAUAUUGGAGUGAAGUGGAUAAAAUGGUUGUGACCCUCACAGAAAUCCCUUCUGGGAAUGACACCUCAGGGCUCGAGAACAAGACUGUUGUUGUCACCACGAUAUUGGAAUCUCCGUAUGUGAUGAUGAAGAAAAAUCAUGAAAUGCUUGAAGGCAAUGAACGUUACGAAGGCUACUGUGUGGAUUUAGCUGCAGAAAUUGCUAAACACUGUGGGUUCAAGUACAAGCUGACGAUUGUCGGGGAUGGCAAGUAUGGGGCCAGGGAUGCAGAAACAAAAAUUUGGAACGGGAUGGUUGGAGAACUCGUUUAUGGGAAAGCCGAUAUUGCGAUUGCUCCAUUAACUAUUACACUGGUGAGAGAAGAGGUGAUUGAUUUCUCAAAGCCAUUUAUGAGCCUCGGGAUCUCUAUCAUGAUCAAGAAGCCUCAGAAGUCCAAACCAGGAGUGUUUUCCUUUCUUGAUCCCUUAGCCUAUGAAAUCUGGAUGUGCAUUGUUUUUGCCUACAUCGGGGUCAGUGUAGUUUUAUUCCUGGUCAGCAGAUUUAGUCCAUAUGAGUGGCACACAGAGGAGUUUGAAGAUGGAAGAGAAACGCAAAGUAACGAAUCAACUAAUGAAUUUGGGAUAUUUAAUAGUCUCUGGUUUUCCUUGGGUGCCUUUAUGCAGCAAGGAUGCGAUAUUUCGCCAAGAUCCCUGUCUGGGCGCAUUGUUGGAGGUGUAUGGUGGUUCUUUACCCUGAUUAUAAUCUCAUCCUACACGGCUAACUUAGCUGCCUUCCUGACGGUAGAGAGGAUGGUGUCUCCUAUUGAAAGUGCUGAGGACCUUUCUAAGCAAACAGAAAUUGCUUAUGGGACAUUAGACUCUGGCUCCACAAAAGAGUUCUUUAGGAGAUCUAAAAUCGCAGUAUUUGAUAAAAUGUGGACUUACAUGAAAAGCGCAGAGCCCUCUGUGUUUGUGAGGACGACCGCUGAAGGAGUAGCUCGGGUACGGAAGUCAAAAGGAAAAUAUGCCUACUUGCUGGAGUCCACCAUGAACGAGUACAUCGAACAAAGGAAACCCUGUGACACCAUGAAAGUUGGUGGGAACUUGGAUUCCAAGGGCUACGGCAUCGCGACACCUAAAGGAUCCUCAUUAAGAAAUGCGGUUAACCUCGCAGUACUAAAACUGAAUGAACAAGGCCUGUUGGACAAAUUGAAAAACAAAUGGUGGUACGACAAAGGAGAGUGCGGCAGCGGGGGAGGUGAUUCCAAGGAAAAGACCAGUGCACUCAGCCUGAGCAACGUGGCCGGAGUGUUCUACAUUCUCGUCGGAGGACUUGGUUUGGCCAUGCUGGUGGCUUUGAUUGAAUUCUGUUACAAGUCAAGAGCCGAGGCGAAGCGAAUGAAGGUGGCAAAGAAUGCACAGAAUAUUAACCCAACUUCCUCGCAGAAUUCCCAGAAUUUUGCAACUUAUAAGGAAGGUUACAACGUGUAUGGAAUCGAAAGUGUUAAAAUUUAGGGGAUGACCUUGAGUGAUGCCAUGAGGAACAAGGCGAGGCUGUCAAUUACAGGAAGUACUGGAGAAAAUGGACGCGUUAUGACUCCAGAAUUUCCCAAAGCAGUGCAUGCUGUACCUUACGUGAGUCCUGGCAUGGGGAUGAAUGUCAGUGUGACUGAUCUCUCGUGAUUGAUAAGACCCUUUUGAGUGCCUUACACAAUGGUUUUCUUGUGCGUUUAUUGUCAAAGUGGUGAGAGGCAUCCAGUAUCUUGAAGACUUUUGUUUCAGCCAAGAAUUCUUAUAUUUGUGGAGUUCAUCUUGAAUUGCAAUGAAUGCUUAUAAAAACACAUCAUUUUCUACACACUUUCAAGAUGAAGCUUGACUGACAUGCACAGCUAACAUGGAAGUACUGUAAUCUGACUGAAGUCGUUGAACAGGCAACAACUAGUUUGUGCAAGCCACUGUUGUUAGUCCCUUGAUUCAUAAUGACUUAAGCACACUUGACAUCAACUGCAUCAAGAUGUGACAUGUUUUAUAGGAAAAAACAACCCUUUAAAACUAAAAAAAAAAUAUUUUUAAGUAUUUUCACAAACUGGCUUUUAAAUAAAUUUGCUUCCAUAAUGGUUGGAAAUGACAAACAAUUUAAACUGUGGGGAAGUGAUCAGAGAGGCUUAAAGCAUCUGUUCCAUAUUUUUCAAAGCCAAAUAUGUAAAUGCUAAGAGGAGGAAAAAAAAUAUAAGGUUCAAAUCUUGUAAUUUAAUAUGGUUAUUAAAACUUUACUGUAUAUCCUAUUCUUUAACAUUUGGUGUUAAUAUCAAAUUACUUGGCAAUGCUUGACAUUUGAAAUAAAAUUUUUUCUAUGGUUUUAUUUGCAAGUGGUCCAAUUAAUUUUGCUAGCUACAGUUUGGUCAUAAAUCUCAAAAUGUUAAAAGGAUAUUACUUAGAUUGUGAGGCCCUCAGACCGAUCUAGACGGAUCAAUUUGCAAAGCCCCAGGAAGUCUUCAUGUAUAAAUUUUCCCAAGUGAAUAUGUUAAUACUGUUCAUGACUACAGUGUAUACUGCAAAUGAAAAGGUGGACUAACAGAGAAGUACUUAUGGGACACUAUAAGUAACCUAACACCAUACAGAAUGGAAUGCAUUCUAUUCCAUAAAUAAUGCUAAGAUUACAGAAAUCAGGUAUAAAACACCCUUCCAGUAUCUUCUUAGACCCAAACUUGUAACUGUGAAAAUUCCUAAAUUAGACCUGUUUUUAUUUUUAGAAUCUGAAGGCAUCCACGUAGAUUUCCAACUAUGACUAUUUUCAUGUUUUCUUCCCUUUUGAUUCUACAAAUUAGAUCACCCCUAAUUGGUUGUGAUCAAAUUUAUUUUUUCACAUGCGAAAGAAUAAAACCAACCCAUAUAGGUUCUUAGAUGGCCACUUUGGAGACGACACCAUAGUUUCAUUAAUUUUAUGGGAGUCGUAUUCUCUGGGUGGCAUAUUCAAACAUUAGUGGCAGAGAACGUGUCUCACCAACUCUGUUAUUGUACUCUCCAAGCGCUUUGUACAGUGCUCUGCACACAGUAAGCGCUCAAUUGAUAUGAUUGAUUCAAAAGGAUAUCUUUCCUUACAUUUCCUGUUUCUCGUUGAAAUAAUGGUCAAAACUUAAGUUUUAAUUGCUGUACUAUUCUUUGCUUGGCUUUCAGCAAUUUUUAACACUGCUAUUAUUCUUGUUGCUAUUAGUCAUUAAUAGAGCACUUGAUAUUUUGUACAGUGCUUUUAUACUGAUCAGCUAUUCCACAAAAGAAAAGAGGAGAUACAUUUUGGAUUGAUCCAAACUAGCCUUUUGCAUUCCAAGUGGUAAUAUAGAAUAACCCAUUCCUUUUGCUCAAAUUAGGUAUCUCUCAAUAGCAUAUUCCAGGGUAAUCUAAUUCAGUUCUUCACCUGACUCCUCACCAGAAAUGUUGAAGAUGCAUUCUGAAUUUUAAUGAUAGAUGCUAGAAUGACCAAAUUGCAGACUAAUUGUGUCCAUAUGGUACUAAAAACAAUUUUUAAAGACUAAAAAAGAUUACUGUAUACAAUGAAAAACUAUUUACUGUACCUCUGGGCCUACUCUUCUGAAAAACUGUAGCUUACAAAUCUUUCUUUGUCAAGCCUGAACUAAUGUAUAUAAUUGAAAUAAUGUAAAGUUAUAUUUUCAUGUUUUUAUAGUUACGACAUGACAAAAAUACAUACUGUAAGACUUUCAAUUACGGAUAAUGCUGAUUGGAUAAUGCACAUCUCAGUUACGAACAGUAAUCGUAGUUUAAUAUUCAUGUAACGGUGCAUCAAUAUAUUGCUAUAUAAAUGUCUUUGUGCAUUUAAGUGAAAAGUAGUCCAGAGUGAUGACAGCUGUCUAAAGGUUUUUUUAAUUCAUUUUAUAUAGAAAAUGUUACGGAAAGACCAAAAUGUUUAUGAAAUAUUCUUAUGUAAAUUUCCAACUGUCCUUUCUGAUAGCUUUUUGUUUACAGUACAAUAUCUUAUUUCUGCUGUGUUAAAUGGGUGUCGAUUCCAAGCAGGACAAACACUUUCAAUAAUUUCUUCUGAAGAUGAUGCGGAUCCAGGUUUCCAUGUGUAUCUUCUCUAGGACACAAAAUGCUUUGGGUUUUAAUUUAAAAUCUAACAUGUGAUGGCUUUUCUGGAGUGUUGUACAAAUUAAUCAUACAUAAAAACAUA